AUGUGCAUAGCUCUCAUUUCCACAGCCCACCCUUGCUACCCACUGAUCCUAAUCGAUAACCGAGAUGAAUUCCUUCACCGCCCCACAGCCCCCGCACACUGGUGGCCGGGCGACAAGUCCCAUGUCCUAGGUUCUCGGGACUUAGCCCGGGAAGUCCAUGGCACCUGGCUGGGCGUCACAAAGCAAGGCCGCAUCGCCGUGCUAACAAACUACCGCGAGGACACCGACAAGCCCGUCGUGGGCGUGCGCAGCAGAGGCUCCAUCGUGAAUUCAUUCCUCGAGCUGCCCCCAGACAGCACAGUCACCGCUAAGGAGUAUGCUGAGGACCUUAUCGCCGGGGGCGACGCGCAACUGGCCGGCGGCUUCAGCCUUGUCUGUGGCAACGUGCGCGGGCCCUUGGCUGUUGUUUCCAACCGCGUCUCAGCGGCGGACGGCAUUGAGUGGAUUGCCAAUGAAAAGGGCCAGACGGUCGGUCUGAGCAAUACGGUAUUUGGAGACCGGUCGUGGCGGAAGAUUGUGGAUGGGGAGAGGCUCCUGAAAGAAGCGAUUGAUGCCUCUGUGAAGCUGGGUGAAUGUGAAGACGCACUUGUGCAGCGGUUGCUGGAACUGCUUAGCAGGGAUACGCUACCGAGAUUGAGCGAGGGGGGCAAUCUGGAGACGUAUAUCAACCUGCUGCGCGAGAGUAUCUUUAUCCCUGUUAUCGGAGAUGAUGCGGAGAUUGAGCAUACUGUCGACGAAGUGUGUGCAUCGAAGCUGGAGGGGAAGGUCGAUGUGGUGGCUAAUGGGCCGGCGGACCAUCAUGAGUAUAUGAAGGGUCUGUAUGGAACGCAGACGCAGACGGUCGUGCUUGUGCAUGAAUCUGGGCGCGUGAAGUAUUUUGAGCGAACUCUGUAUAAUGACCACGCAGAGCAGAUCAAAAUUGGAGAGGGCGACAGGACUUUUGAGUUUACUGUUGAAUAA